UGGUUUGGAGCUGUUUCCACCCCCCAGCUCGCUGCUGCAAGGAAGCUGAAUGUGAGUGCAGUGCAGAACUGUUUGCUAAUGCUGAUCGUGGGCAUGCUGUGCUGCCCUAGGCCUGAAUCAUGAAUUGUGCUGCCUCUUGUAGGUUCUCCUCAGAAGAGGGUAUUUAUGGAAUCUAAAAAUGCAGUCUCUGCAGCAUCCCUGUCAUGACGCUUACAUAGCCUGCAAGGGCAUUGUCACAAUUUCUCUGUGUUGUAUUUUUUGCCUUUGCAGCAUCUCUCUUUCUGUCUUUUAACACUUUAAUUGACCUUCCUGGUGUGGUGGUCUCUUCUGUCAAUAUUCCUGCUUGCUUGGGGAUUUUAUUGGGCUUCUGUAUUCCCGUUGCUGACUCAGUUUUCUUUAAGGUGGAGACGCACUCCUCCAUCAAUCGUUUAUUUACAGUUUUUAUGCUGAUUCUGCACUAAUUAUCAUCCUUCAGCAGACUCUUGGUAUAUAAUCAGAUAAAUUAGACAUCCCAUUGCGCGUUUCAAGACCUCAGGUACAUGUAUACCAUCUUACUCGCCACUUGCUCUCAAUUUUAUCAUCUGUUCUUGUGUAUGGUUGAAUCUUGAAUGUGAAGUCAGUGUUGGGACUGCACCUUGACGAAAUUCAGGUAGGAAGUAGAUUCUUUCCACUGUUUGUUUAUCAGCCUUUAGAAAAAAAAACUCAUCUGGACAGUGGACUCUGCUGUAGUUGUAGACCUCCCUGUUAUUCUGUUUAAAUCACCCCAAAGCCUUGAAAUAAAGUGCCAGCAGGCUGGUUCCUGCAGGGAGAUUCAUGAGGAUCGGGACAGUGCGGUGUGUUUUACGGGUGUGGGGAUGCUCUCGUGCUGUGGAAGUGCUGAAUUUUGGGAGCGAGCCCCUGUUUGUAUAGGUCUUGGAGAUGUUUCUGCUUGCACAGAGGUUGGAGAUGCUAGUUCGUGCCCUGGUGAGAGGGAGUGCACUAUGAGCCCUAAUGGCUGCUGGUCUCUGUAAGAGGGGUCGCACAGAGCAUUGCAGAGCCAUCUCUGUUUUUACGUUGCUUUAGUUUCCCAGAUCUAAUGUGGGAGCCAUGGAGAAGGGAGGAAAAAAUGUUUCUCUGUUAAAGAAUGUUUAAAUUUUCUGGCUCAUGGGUUACACUGUUGUCUGUUGGGCUGGUGGUGAUGUGGGUACUGGCCUGCUGAGGACCAAACUGAAAAUCUCUUUGUGAAAGGUGAAGUACGUGCGGUAUAAUACUCAUCAUGAUGUAGAGAGCCUGUCUUUGUUGCUAAAAGUGCAAUGAAUAAUCCAGGGUAUCCCCUGGGAAAUCUUCAGUUUUAGCCAAGUCAAGGGAUCUUCAUAGGAUUAAUAAUGUCAGUGACCCUGAAAUAGAAAAUGUUUCCUAUUGCUAUGCUGGGAUUUUUUUUCCUCUCUACCACCUAUUUUUUCACAGGUUUAAGAAACUUCCAGUGGACGAGAGUUUCCUUUUCUGGAAGGGGAAGAGUGAGGACAAGCAUCCUUCUGUGGUUAGGAAAAAUUGUUCAGGUCUUCUGAAAAGACAACAGAAGUACCCAAGAGAGCUGAGUAGGAAAGGAUAGAGGGAGACCUGAAAAAGAGUGAAUCUUGACUGUGGUCCCAGAGAAACCUCCCUUUUUCCUGUACAUGUUUUGCUGUGGCUCAGCAACUCGUCUUGGCAUUGCUCUGGGCUUUCUGGUCCCUCCUGUUCUGGUUCCCAAUGUGGAAGAUGUGGAGAAGCUGGCCUACCAUAUAAGCAUCAUGUUCUUCAUGACAGCAGGCGUGGCAACGGCCCUCUUCAUCCUGGUCGUCAUAGUCUUCAAGGAGAAGCCCCCAUACCCUCCGAGCCAAGCUCAGGCCUUGAUCCAGUCACGACCGACAGUGGAAUAUUCCUACGUGCAGUCAAUCCUUCGUCUGCUCCGCAACGCCAACUUUGUGCUGCUUAUGGUCACGUACGGUCUGAAUACAGGUUGCUUCUACUCCCUGUCCACUCUGCUGAACCGCAUGGUGAUCCAUCACUACCCAGGGAAGGAGGUGAAUGCUGGCAGGAUCGGACUCACCAUUGUACUGUCGGGGAUGGCUGGGGCUCUGCUCUCUGGCCUCUGGUUGGACAGAACCAAAACCUACAAACAGACGACGCUAGUGGUCUAUAUCAUGUCUCUGGUGGGAAUGAUAGUCUACACCUUCACUCUGAGUCUAGGCCACCUCUGGGUGGUCUUUGUGACUGCAGGUGUGCUGGGAUUUUUCAUGACAGGGUACCUUCCCCUGGGCUUUGAGUUUGCUGCAGAGUUGACAUACCCAGAAUCAGAGGGAACAUCAUCAGGACUCCUUAAUGUCUCAGCACAGAUCUUUGGUAUCGCCUUCACCAUCAGCCAAGGACAGAUCAUGGAUCACUAUGGGACAAAGGCAGGAAACCUCUUUCUUUGUUCCUUCCUGCUCCUGGGGACCAUUAUGACAGCAUUCAUUAAGGCUGAUCUCCAAAGACAGCAGGCCAAUGCGGAAAGUGAACGUACAGACGUUAGCAGAGCCAUCCACUCCGUGUUCAUGAAGCCAUCAACGACCAUGACUACCAAAGUGCAUAAGCUCUGUUCUCUGCUUGCUCAAGUCAGCUCUUUUCAGACGACAGUGCUGCCUUCUGUCAGAUAAUCUAGCAAAUCUAAUCUGGAGAGAGACCAGAAGGUCCAAGAAGCAGCCCUGCUCCAACCGGCUGCUCAGGAAGGUGGAUUUUCAAUUACAAAAUAUAUGCUUUUUAAUUUAAUUUUGUUUUAUUUUUACAAAACUAUCUGAGCACAAAUGCAGAGGGUAGGAUGAGUAGAGGGAACUGAUGCUGCCUUGGGUGGUUGUUGCACAUAAAGUUCUAGAGUAGACAAAAAAAAAAAAAGGCUGCAUGGUUGAACUAGUUUGGGUAAAGGAGUCCCUCCCAUUGCCAUAACUUAAGAAGAAUUCCUGCUUUUUUCUUCUCUGAGGCUGUCAGCUUGGGUUGAUUUUAGUAGUGGUGAGCCUCAUGGCCUACAGGACUGAGCUAAAAGACUACUGCUCUCCUGGAAUCCUGGCACGAGUGGAGUUAACUAGAAGACACUUAGCUAAGCUGAGCUGGGGUAAAGAGCAGUCUGUUUUGAUGCACACCAAACUGCCUGUAUCCCUUGAUUAGAGUGAUGAAGCAGAAGAUAAACUUUAAGGCCAAACCAUUCUCUGCAUGCCCUGUGGUAACAAGGGCCAUGAGGAGAAGUGCUGGUGACACUGCCUGUUAAUUCAAAGCAUGUUUGUGGAAAUCCAGGAAAUAUCAAGGUCCUUUGGCAGUGUAUAUAAUCCCUAAUAAUAAUAAUAAGGUCCUUUACCUUUGUCAGACACUUCUCUUACCAGAUGAAUUGUAUGCUUUUACCAUUUUUUGUGUAAAUCUAAAAUACAGUUGUAAGAUCUUGCUGCUGAGCAAAAGGUGUAUAGGUUUCACUUCUAUAACCCUAAAAGCUUCCAGAACUGACUGCAGUAAGAACCAGAGAUGUGUGUGUCAGGUAAUAGGUCUCAGUUAGUCAAUAACUUCAUUGGCAACUCCUUCUCCCUGAGGAGUCAUGCUCUGUAGAAGUCAUGAUGGAUGCCCCUUCCACCCCCCACCCCCAAAUGUGGCCUCUGAAUGGCUGAGCUCACCUGGUUAUUUCUCAGGUUUAACAAACAACCCCGGGUGCUUGACCUACUGAAGUGGGGCUGAAUCUGGUGUUCUGCGUUAACGUGGGUGCCUCAGUCAGCUGGGUUUAGGCACCGUGUGCUGCCUUUGUGGAGAGCUCUGAUGGAGUCAUGUACUGGAGCUUUGCUACAUGGCAUGGCUGCCUCACACGUGCUUGGGUGAUUUUUACGGGUUUCUUUCUUUACCUGUUCCUCUUCUUUUAUUUUUUUCUCUCCCCUCAUUUCCCUCCCUACUUGCUUCCAUCUUUUCUGGGAUCUGACUUGUGGCUGUUGUUACAGAGACUCCAAGGCAGCAAUCAGAUCACGGAUUAUGGACUGUAGCUUGUAACCCUAACCCCAUCAAUUCCCAUUCCUGUUCACUAGCUCACACGCAA